AUGAAGUGGUCCGUGUUCAGCCGCUUCCUCGUGCUCCUGCCGUGGGGUCUGGUGGUGAUCAUCGUGAUGGACGUGUCCCCGCGGGGGCCGGCGCGGCGUCCCCGGGCGGGCUCCGCGGGCCGGGCCGGGCGGCCGGGCUCCCCGCUGCCGGCGGUGCCGGCGGUGCCGGCGGUGCCCACCAUCUACGCCAUCACGCCCACCUACAGCCGUCCGGUGCAGAAAGCGGAGCUGACGCGGCUGGCCAACACGUUCCGGCAGGUGUCGCGGCUGCACUGGAUCCUGGUGGAGGACGCGGCGGGGCGCAGCGAGCUGGUGAGCGGGCUCCUGGCGCGGGCCGGCCUGCCCUGCACCCACCUGCACGUGCCCACGCCCCGCCGCUACAAGCGGCCCGGCCUGCCCCGGGCCACCGAGCAGCGCAACGCCGGCCUGGCCUGGCUCCGGCAGCGGCACCGCCACCGGCCCCGCAAGCCCGCCGUCCUCUUCUUCGCCGACGACGACAACACCUACAGCCUCGAGCUCUUCCAGGAGAUGCGAACCACUCGCAAGGUGUCCGUCUGGCCGGUGGGCCUCGUGGGAGGGCGACGAUAUGAACGUCCUCUGGUGGAAAACGGCAAAGUCGUUGGCUGGUACACGGGCUGGAGGGCAGAUCGGCCCUUUGCCAUUGAUAUGGCAGGAUUUGCGGUGAGCCUGCAAGUGAUUCUGUCCAAUCCAAAAGCUGUAUUUAAGCGGCGUGGGUCCCAACCGGGCAUGCAAGAAUCGGAUUUUCUAAAACAGAUAACAACAGUUGAAGAAUUGGAGCCCAAAGCAAAUAACUGCACAAAGGUUCUCGUAUGGCACACUCGAACUGAAAAGGUAAAUUUAGCCAAUGAGCCGAAAUAUCACCUGGACUCAGUAAAAAUUGAGGUAUGAUGUGAAGAGGCAAUCUGGGGCACGUGUUUGGUCUGGGAACUUGACAGAGGCUGCUUCUCAGAGCCUGAGCUGCAAAACAUUCAGGUAUUGUUCAAUCUACUAUGGUGCAACAAUGCCGGCUUUCACCUGGUGCACAUUGUGUGUUCAAAAGUUCUCAGCUGCUAGUGUAAAAUGUGGGUAUUGUUUUGCAUGCUUUCCAGUUUGAUCUCGGUGCACCGUCCGUGGUAUUGCUGUGUACAACAGGGCUAAAGGACACUUGCAGUGGCACUUUUUCCCAUCUGACUUCUUAAGUGGCACAAUUCAAUAGGUCUGGGCCUCACGAGCAUUAUCUAAAUGUUGAGGAUUCUGAUCUCUUCAAAUUUGAUGCCUUCUGGAGUGAUAUGAAGCAGAGGAAAUAAAACCCUCAGAACAGAAUGUGGAU